GGAAGGGGAUGGAGCAGCUGAGAGUGGCUGUAGCUUGGUGAUGGCUGGGAGGAGGAGGAGAGACAGGAAGGGGGGAUAAUACAGAACAGAGGGAUCCCGCUAGCCCGUGGUGGGGCUGCCUCUCUUUCAUUACAGCUGCAAAGAAAUCCAGCUGCCUCCAUUGUGAGCCGGGAAGCUGUGCUGUGCCGUGCCGGGGAGGUGGGAUCUUGCCAGCCAGGGACUUUCUCAUUGUUGCAAUUGUUCGCCCUGGCGUCCUAGGGCUGCCCCGGGCUCUGCCGACACCAGCUCCCGCCGCAGCCUGCAGGGGCUGGUGGCCUUUGAUGUCUGUGUAUCUGACCAUGGAUCAGUGGACUGCUGUGGAUCCUGAUCAGAAACCUUUGUGCAGGGGUGGCAUACAGGAGAACGAUGAUCCCCUGGUGACUCUGAGGCCUCACUCCUGUGCAUAUUCUCUCCUUACCCCAGCCGGGGACAGGACAGCGAGUGAGACCAAGGAGGAGAAUCCUGGGGAGGAAGGCCCUGAGAUCAUGGAACUGGAUCCAGCGUUGCUGGGCAGGCCAGAGGGGCCUGGGGCCAGGACCCUGGAGGAGCAGGGCCCGGCCUGCGAGAGCCUGCGCUGGACAGUGGUGCAGCAGAUCGACUCUCCCGGAAAGCCGAUGCAGCGGCGGGGCAAGUCAGCUGGUGCCGGCUUCCAGAACUUCAAGAGCAUCAUCGUGCUGCAGAAGAGCUACGAGUGUGGUGAGUGCGGCAAGACCUUCAGCUGCAGCUCACACUUCAGCAAGCACCGGCGCACCCACACUGGCGAGAAGCCCUUCCGUUGCCUGCACUGCGGGAAGAGCUUCAAUGUCAGCUCCAAUCUCUACCGCCACCAGAGGGCCCACGCCGCCGAACGGGCCUGCCCACGCCCUGAGAGCUCCCCACCACCGGUGCCAGCGAGUGCCCCUGCCCCUGCGACUCCUCGGCCCCGGGGGCUGCCCUAUAAGUGCGAGGAGUGUGGCAAGAGUUUCCGGCGCAACACGGAACUGGUGACCCACCAGCGGCUGCACACGGGGCGCCUGCCCUUCCAGUGCUCCCACUGCGGGAAGAGCUUCUCCUGGAGCUCCCACUUCGACCGGCACCAGCGCAUCCACACCGGUGAGAAGCCCUACCAGUGCCCUGAGUGCGGGAAGUGCUUCAGUCGCAGCUCCCACCUCUACCGGCACCAGCGCACCCACGCCGGGGGCCGCUCCUACAUCUGCACCUACUGUGGGCGCAGCUUCAACAGCACCCUGCACUUCGACCGGCAUCAGCGCACCCACACUGGCCUGCGCCCCUACAAAUGCACCCUGUGUGGCAAGGGCUUUGGUGAUGGGCUGGCCCUGGUCAAGCACCAGCGCCUGCAUCUGGGGGACGGGCCCUUCCACUGUGAAGAGUGCGGCAAGAGCUUCGGGGCAAGGGCGCAGUACGCCCGGCACCGGCGCAGCCUGCACGGCACUGCCGCCGGCAGCACUGGUGGCGAGAAGCCCUAUCGCUGCAGCGACUGUGGCAAGAGCUUCUCCUGGAGCUCCCACUGGGAGCGGCACCAGCGUAUCCACACGGGGGAGCGCCCCUACCAGUGCAGUGACUGCGGCAAGAGCUUCGGCCGCACCUCCCACCUCUACCGGCACCAGCGCACUCAUGCUGGUGGCCAGCCCCAUGUCUGCGCUGACUGCGGCAAGAGCUUCAACAGCACUCUGCACUUCCACAAGCACCGGCGGGCCCACGCUGGUGAAGCCCCCUGCCACGCCUGUCCCGACUGUGGCAAGACCUUCGCCGACGGCUCCGCUCUGGCCAAGCACCGGCGCACCCACACUGGAGAGCGGCCCUUCCUUUGCCCCCAGUGUGGCCGGCGCUUCAGCGUCAGCUCCCACCUGUACCGCCACCUGAGGAGUCAUGCUGAGGAGAAGCCACUGGAGGAGAUUGCGUCCUACUAGAGAUCAGCUCCUCUUCCCCCUUUGCCUGGGAGAAGAAUCCCCCCAUGCUGGAGGUUUAGCUCACCGGGACCUGGCCGCCCCUCUCUGGGCAUGGAAGUGAACUCCGUGCACUACCAGCCAGAGCAUUAGUAGGGCUUACCUCACAGGGACCUGGCUAUGGGGAUCGCUGACCCUCAGGGGUAGCUGAGACCUCUAGGAGAGCAGCAGGGAGCCCCGUUGUGGGCACCUUGGGGCCACAGGAACGGGCUCAGUGUAAGGUCCCAAUCUGGAGCCCCUUGAAGGGCUCCACGUCGAUGGGGUCUGGAUCAGGCCCUGAGGAUAUAGGUAGAUAAGGUAGGUUGGGUAGGUAGGAGGUAGAGCAGAGUGGUGGCAGUGCUAGGGGGCUGGGUGGGGUGGAAAUAAGAGAGGGAAAUGGUGUGGGAUUGAGGGUGUAUUACCCUCUCGCUCACUCUGGUGUAAAUCAGGAGUAACCCCCCUAGAGUCAUUGGGGCUGAUUCCCCUCUCACUCACCCCAGUGUAAAUCUGGAGUAACCGCAUCGGGGUCACUGGGACUGGUUCUCCUCCCCUCACCCUUGUGUAAAUCAGGUGUAGACCCACUGGAGUCCCUGAGGCCAGUUCCCCUCUUGCUCACACCAGUGUAAAUCAGGAGUAGCCCCACCGGAGUCACUGGGGCUGAUUCCCCUCUCAUUCACGCCAGUAUAAAUCAGGAGUAGCCCCACUGGGGUCACUGGGGCUGAUUCCCCUCGCUCAGCCCAGUGUAAACCAGGAGUAACCCCACUGGGGUCAGUGCAGUUACAGGAGUGUGAGGCAGAUCACUCAUUCGCCCCAGCCUGCAGGUGCUCAGUGCCUGAUCAGAGCUGGGUCAGGAGGCAGUAUCUGGGGAUCAGGUAGGUGGGGCAGGAGAUGGCAAGAAAGAUGGGAGCCAGAGGGGGAGGGGAAAUGAAGUGUUUGGGGAUCAGGGUGGCUGUAUGGUGGGCGCAAGAGAGCGCUGUGGCUGAUGGAGGACUGGCAUGUCUGUGGACUGGGCUGGUGGGGCAGACCAUGGCACUGCUUGGGGUCUCCAAGCUGAGGAGGAUGGGACCAAGUUUACUGCCACUCCUUUUCUCUGUUUCCAUGCCCUAUCCUCUGCCUCCUGAUCAACGCGCCUGACUCCAGCAGGAGUGAGACAGAAAACCUUAGAGUAGCAUGUGAUUAACUUGCAGAGUUCGCAGCUACAGGAGAUGACUGGGGCACACAGCUCAGCAAAGCCCUCUGCCAGCUCCAUGGAGCAGUCUGGGGCUGUUGACUUGCAAGUGACUUCCUGCAUGUGUGAAAAUCUCCUUUAGACACAAGCCCCCCAAGUCCCGAUCCUAAUUCAGAGCAUGAGGGACAAGAACCUGCUCUCAUCUGGUCUAGAGAUAUGGAGGGGGUGAGUUUCUGUAAAGGAAGGAAGCUAAUCACUCCUGAAAUAAGCUGUCCAAACUGGGGCUCAGAAAGUCAUGACCUUCAUCAGCUACACUUGUUGAAAGGAUCUCGGAGGUAUUUACAUACCAGGAAAUCUGUUGUUAUUAGAGGUCAGAUUCUUUGUUGGUGUCAGCUGGCAUCCAGAGACUUCUUCCCAUUUAUCACGGGUGAUAAGUUAACCCUUUCUCUACAGUAGGCUUGAGCCUUGUCUGCACAUCAAAGUUGACUUGCUUUGUAACUCGAUGGGUACAGUUAACAUCAUCAUCACAGCGAAUCCCAAAGGGGUGUAACCUCCCUGCAGAUUGAGCGCUACCCAAAUUGAUUUGUAGCUAGAUCCUCUGGAUGGUCUGUACACUGGUGAGCUUAUCAAAGUCUUUGACGACCAUGUGAUCAUUGGCUGUCUAGCAGUGUUCCUUGGUAACUGAACUCUGUAAUUCAUUAUUACUCCUGAGGGCAUUCUGUGCCAAAGAAAAAUUAAAACUCUGCACAC